AUGCCUGAGCCAGCGAAGUCCGCACCUAAGAAGGGGUCCAAGAAGGCCGUUACUAAAACCGCUGUAAAGGGAGGUAAGAAGCGCAAGAGGUCCAGGAAGGAGAGCUAUGCUAUCUACGUCUACAAGGUCCUGAAGCAGGUUCAUCCUGACACCGGGAUUUCCUCUAAGGCCAUGGGGAUCAUGAACUCUUUCGUCAAUGAUAUUUUCGAGCGUAUCGCCGGUGAGUCCUCUCGUCUCGCUCACUACAACAAGCGCUCCACCAUCACAUCGAGAGAGAUCCAGACCGCCGUGCGUCUGCUGCUGCCCGGUGAACUCGCCAAACACGCCGUGUCUGAGGGAACAAAGGCCGUCACCAAGUACACCAGCUCCAAAUAAAUCUGUUGAAGCUUUCAACACCCCAAAGGCUCUUUUAAGAGCCACCCACUUUAUCAGAUA